UAGAACUACAGUUAAAUGAGCAAUAAUAUUUUUAUCAAUCAAUCGCCAUCUUUUAUUGUUUUAUUGCAUUACUAGUUGGAUUAUAUUGGUUAUCUUCCCUUGUAACAAUCUCCAUCCUCUUGCAUCAUUCCAGUUCCUUCCUGCAAGCCGCCAGCUCCACCUUCUCCUCCUCCACUUCCUUCCUGCAUGCGGUCAGCUCCGCCUUCUUCUCCUCCACUUCUUUCUUGCAUGUUGUCAACUCCACCUUCUUCUCCUCCAGUUCCUUCUUGCACGCCGCCAGUUCCGCUCCGCCCUCUCCUCCUCCAGGCUCCGCCGCAGCUCCUCCGCUUCCUCCGCAGCUCUCACCAUUCCUCCGACGUCCAUCAUGGUUUCUCCGUUGAACAUGUCGAGCCUGUUCCACAAGGUGGUGCUGGUGGUGGACUUGCAAAUCAUCUCUCGAGGCACCCUAGCUCACGCCGUACUUGGACCAGCCAAAGCAAUCGUUGACCCGCAUGGUGUAGAAAUUGAUGAUGCAGAAGAUGAAACAACACACGAGACAACGAUUUUACGUGGUAUCCUCGAUCGAUUGAUUGAUCGAGACUAAUCCACGGUGAGCUCGGAAGAGCUCAUAGCUGACGUUUUAUUAAACGACUACAUUGUGACGGCUUGCUUACGACAAUCUCCGUAGCUAAGCUUAUAUAGACGUAGGGUUAAAACCCUAAUGACAACCAAGUUUCCUUCUUUGACAAGGACAAGGAAACAAGGGACUUGGAGGACAAGGAAUUAAUUAUUUUUGACUAAAUAAUUAAUAUCCUCAACACAUGGCGCCCUUGUUGUGUGGAUGGUUGACUUUGGUGAUUAUGCAGAGCCCGAGGCGGUUCACGUAAACAAACACCUUGAUAUGAAGAUGAGGCAGGUAUACAUCUACACACAUUUCACCAUUUUCUUUGUGGGUAUUAUCUAUAUCCGGCUCCAUACCCAGCAAACGUGGAAAUCUUCCUCAUUGACUGGGCCGAGUAGGAUCGGAUAUCACGGUUAUGGGCACAAUUGUCAUCCCUAGUUACAAUAACUUAAGACUUGAGAGAGACCACGAGUUUCAUGUGUCAUUCCUAGCUAUAGUUCAAAGCUUGUGUGUCGAGUAGACACUAUGAGCUAUGAUGUAGUGGCAUAGUCAGAAAUUCAUCUAAAUAUGAUAUAGGUCCUACAUGAAAAUAAUAUAGGUUCUUGCGGAAAAAAAUAUAAGAUAAGUUUUAGAAUCUGUUUCCAUAUACUCAAAAGUUUCUAAAUACGUUCAUCAUGCAAAUUAUGAGCAAUGUCAUUCUUAAUUAAAGUGUCUCAACAAUAAACCAUUUAUGAUUUCAUCCCUCAUUCUCCUGAAUGAUUUUUUUCCACGUUGUUCAUUGUAGCAAGUGCUCUUUCAACAAUUGCGGUGACCACCAAUAGCAAUAAACACCACUAAUACAGAAUUUUUCAAUUACAUUAAACUCAGUUGUAGAAUAUACUAACUAGAAGAUAAUAGAGAUCACAAAAAUACUGUUUUCUUUCUAAAAUUGUUUACAAGAACAAGAAGAUGUUGUUUUCAAUUCGCAAUCUUGACGCCCUAAGCACAUGGUAUUCAGAUCUGUGCAACUUUCAAGCCUCAUAUGAGUUGGCUUUCGUUUGAGAGGGGUGUGUUAGUAGAUGGUAUGAGAUUCAUAAUUGAACCUCUCCCAACAACUCGAGUUAUUGAGACCAAAUGAUUUAUGAGAUUAUAUCAAAGUAACUUUAUGAUUGAGAGAACUUGUGUUUGAAUCUACACGACCCUUAAUAUUAUUAAGGGUAUGUACAAACCUAAAGGCCAAUUGUCCUCCUAUGUAUUGAUAGUUGUUAUGUUAGAUGUAGUGAUAUGUUUUUGUAUAAAUCAAGAACAUGAAAUUAGUAAAUAAUACUAUGAAUCCACGAAACAAAAUAAGUAUCAUUCUGCCAAGAUAGUCAUGCUUCCCACUUAGAGGACACUCAUGUAUCAUAUAAAAAUUAGCUCUUAGGUUUACUCUAAUGAAUAACCUAUAAAUGA